AACAAAAUGGCGGCUGAGCUAUCGACUUUGGUGGCUUCAUUUCUGGACACAAAUCCCCAGAUUUAUGCUCCAUUAUUCCUUGAAUGUGUUAACUCAAAGCGGCAUCUUAACAAUGAGGUGGGUAUUUAAGCUAGCACUGAACUGUGCCUUUUCUUCCUCCGAGAUUUUUAGAAACUUUUAACGCAACUACUUGUACGUUUUGUCCCACGUGCCGCUCUGCGCAUUUCAACUUAUCGUUUGAUAAAAUUGCAUUACACGUGGUUUGCUUUGUUUAUUUUAGAAAAUUCCAGACGACUGGAUUGGCAAGGUCCAUACCUUUCUUAAUUCGAAGACUGACAGGUAUUCUGAUAUCACUGUACUGACAGAAAAUUAUCCUCUGCUUUAGCGAGGUUUUGUUGUCAUGACGGUAGUUUUUUUUACCAGUUGGUUAGGUGUGUGCCUUCUUGGAGUCACCAUUGAACAGUGUGAUACAGAUACUUUUACAAAGCAUUGUGCCUCCUGGCUAAGAACUAUUCUUCAAAUAAUUCAGGUAAAGAAAUGUCUUGGUAAUGCAAUGCUUUAAUCACCCUGCCAGAAAAGCCGUUUUUUCACUUGCUUGAUUUUGGCAUACUCAAGAAAGACUCAGCAAGAAUCAAGUAAGAUCUUCGUUUAGCAUGUGCUGCAUGUUACCAGGUUAAAGCUUCAAACCCAGGACUAAUAGCUGUGUGCUUGCUUCAGUGAGCUGGGUUACGGCCAUCAAUUUAUUGAUGAAUGUAAGCCUGCACUAAAAAAAGAAAAAAAAAGUUUGAUGAGAGAGAACAAGAUUGCUUGGUCUAGAAGUUUGGGCAGUGGUGUCCUCAAAGGUUUCACGUGAUUCAGGCAGAGCCUCUUUCUCCUCCCCACUCAAGAAGACAAAAGGAGAGUCUGUUCACAGGGUGUUCAUUAAACAGCGAUUUCUAAUUCUGCUGAGGACCACUCGGAGAACUUUGGGAGGGAUGUAGGGUUAGGGGUAGGGUCUUCUUGCACAUUUCAGGUAAAAAUAAACAAGGACCCUUGCAUUUAGGUGGCUGGAGGUGCCAUAGCCCAAAUAACUUUUAGAAAACCAAAGGAGGUAAACAAAGGAAGGAGGAAUUAUUUAUAGGGUAUGCCACUGACCAAAGAUAUUCCCAGAGUAUGCCACUUAGGGUGGAAUCUUUAUUAUCAAACUUGUUGCUUUCCUACACACACUCUGGAAACAAGAUAGUCAUAUCUGGAGUAAUGCCCCAGGAUUCUCGUGGUUACCCCUCUGAAGGUCCGGAGGGAGAAGCUACUAACUGUUGUAUCAGUAUACUUUUUAUUUUUUCGGAAGUUUUUAGAAACAGACCCUUUGUCUCCUGUAUGGAUGGGAACAGUUGUGACUGGGAUGAUGAUAGUUAUAUGGCCCAAAAACUCUCCAAAUUUUGGAUCUUCUUAGCCUGGUAUAUUUUCAGUUGAAUUGUGAAGACUGCUGUUAGCAACAAUGUCUCUCUUUUUAAUGUUUGCAGACUCAAGAAAGACCAAACAUCACACAGUAUUGCAGUAUACUCAUUGAUAAAACUUUGCAAUAUGCAGUUGAGGUAUUACAGAAACAGACAUGAAAAUGUUUAUAAUAUAUGCCCAUGUGUGUUUUGGGGUGUUGGUCUUUACGACCAGGAUUACUGUUAAUUUUUUAAAGUUAGUUUUCUCUUCUUUUAACUCCUAAAAAUGAUCAGUGUCUAAGGUAAAAAUAAUAAAAAAAUAACACUCCUUUAUGAGCUAAAGGGCAUGACUAUAAUAAUUAUUAUAGUAUAAUCACCAAAUGUAAAAGGUUGAUUGCUAAAGAAAUGCUACUUAUGAGUACGUGUAUGAUAGGAAACGUAUAGUGAACAGUUUGGAGAAUAACCAUGCUGAUAUCAGUGCCUAAAGGGCUUUAGUAUUUGCUUGCAGUAUGCCCUCAACUGACCACACAUUCAGAGAAGGUCUGAUGACAUCCCCUUACAACUAACAGUCCGUCUGUCUUAGUUUUCAGAACUUUCAAGAGAGUUGGCAAACUCUGUGUUACCUACUAUUAUAUCUACCAUGUUGUCCAAAAAAUGCUCGGUGAGUGUUAUAGAGAGACACCUAUAAUGACUCUUGCACCAAUAUAGAAUGCAGAUAGUACUUUCAUCAUCAGCCGACUGAACAACAGUCAACUAGAAGGUCUCUCCAACUGGGUCCUAGGUAGUGUACAUGAGGUCGUCCUCUGAGAAAUACUUAUUGGGGUUGAUCCAUUCCUGGGCUUGGUUGGAAAAGGACUUCUGUAGUCUCUGUGGUAGUCUUCUCCUAUGAGAUGGAUCAUACAACUCAUAGAUGUUGGUGGGUUCAUCCUUCUUAGUACUAGACUUUUUUUUAUUUCCAGUUAUUGAAUCAAAAUGCUUCUUUACAGGAUAUUUCCUCUGUUUUGUCCAUCCUUUCCUCCUGUGUGUGUCACUUUCCUGGACCAACUGGACCUUUCAGAGUGAGUAUCUUUUUUAUGGCUGGAUUUACAAACAAAAGAGUAAAGCAUGAGGCAUAAGGAGUGUCAACCCACCGCCCCCCUCUCUCCACUUUCCCUUUCUGCAAUAACAAUGUAGGUUAGUUAAUAUUAUCACAAAGCUCUAAUGUCUUCAUAAGUCAUCUUUAUUUUAACACGAGACAUCAUUGACCCUUAAAAGAAGGCUCGUUACAAAAUGCACAAACCACACAGCCUGACCAUUCAUGUCAAAAUAGUACAACAGGGCAAAAAACAAGGAAAAGGUCCCUAGAUUACGUGCCAUGACAAAACUGACAAACUAAACAGACAACAACUAACUAAUGUACUGAAAACUCGUGGCCAACAAAAGCUGCACAACAAUGAAAUAGGCAAUCACUUUAAUCUACCCAACUUUAAAGAUGGGUGGGCAGGAGGUCAGACAAUGAUGAAUGACAACAAGAAAAUUGGUACAUUACAACCAACAGAUCAUCACAUGUUUCUUGACAACUGCCCACUUACCCCUCUUCCCCCAAGCCAACAUUUUGCCUUAAGUGAGAAGGAAGUGUUAAUAAUGGCUUAGGGUAGGGGAGGGCUAAGACCCAGACUCCCUUUUUUGUUCCUGAGCCAGUGGAAAACAACACUUGUGUCGUGUCCAGUAAUUGCAUGAGUGGAGUGCCUGUAAACUAGCUUAAGGUAUCAUCCAGGUUAAAAAAAAUCAUCAUUUUUCAAAUUUGCAAUUUUUAGAUGAUUGAAUGGAGCUCAUCAAGAGCUUUCUUUUAAAAAAAUUCCAGGAAAAAAGUGCACUUUCACUACAGUACAAAACGAUCCUUUCACCUUUUUAACCUUAACAUUUUGCUUUCAUUUUAGAAUCAGAUUGAGAAUUUCCUGUUACCUCUCUUAAAUUCAACCUGUGAAAACACAAGAAAGGUAAACAACAAGUAAUUAAUGAUUCUAAAUCAUACUUAGAGCUUGUAGAUUGAAGGCAUUGGUAAUUGGUUUUUUCUCUAUUCACUGCUUGCAGGAUAGCUGUCAUUGUUAUGCCGUGUUGCCAAGGUGCAGUCAAAGUAGUUCCAGUGGAAAAAGGCAGCUUUGUCCUUGGGGAACACAGUGGAAUAAGAUUGUUUCUACAAUUCACAAGUUACUAGAUGCUGCCUAUGAAAAUGUUGAACCUGGUUUGUGAUAGACUAUCAUCCAUAGUCUGUUAAUUUGAUUGAGUUUUAGGUUAGGUAACAGUGAUAAAAUUAAUUCCAUACCUGUCCUUUCUUCUCCAGUCUCAUCUGAUUCCUCCCAGGAAUCUACUCAAGAGUCUGAAACAUUACUCCUCGGUGAAAUUCCACAGGUUGAACCUGGCCGGACAUACACCCUUGUCACCCGAUGUAUGACACUCCUGCAAUGUCUGUCUGUAAUGAUCAGGUACUUUUCUUUUAUUCUAUUUCAUUUUCAUAUCUGUCUGUAAUGACCAGGUAUUUCUACUACAUGCAUAGAGGUAUCAUCAGAGACCCAAUGAGUACUUUUUGAAUAUACAUGAUGUAUGGUGAUUAGAAGUCAUUUUUGUGAUUCUGCUUUAGUUUAGCCACCGACCCACUUAUAAAGAAUGCUCUGGGCUUUGCUUAAAAAUAUAUGUCUAUGGAUAGUGGCUUUUAUUGCCUUCAGGACGCUUUGAUUUCAAAAUAAUGCUCUUUCUUAUGAAGGGUAUACUAAAGCAUGCUCUUGCUCAUUAAUUUUAUCAUUAUUAUUACUAUUUUUAUAAUCAUUAUUAUUAUUAAAAAUGUUUUUGAUAUUAUUAUUUCAGAGAGCAGUACUUUAAAGUUGUUACAGUUCCUGUUGAAGCUACCAUUAACCUUGUGAACAGAAUAAUAGCAGUCACAACUAACUCUCUGGUAAGUUCAGUGGAUUGCUGUAUAUACCUUAUUAAAAAAAUAUAAUGCUUUGGUGUUUGGUCAUUGACAAUUGGGCAUUGGGCAUUAGGGCCAAGAAUGAUUUGAUUGAAUUGAUUGGUCACCAAACAAUAGCUUCCCAGAGCAUAAUUCCCAAAUCCCCUGGGCAAAGAAACCCUUAUUGAAUCAGCUAUAUGAAGUUCAUUGCUUAGAAUACUGUGGUAUGUUACUGAUACGAUUUGAAUUAUGUUACAGAUGAAAAAAAUUAUCAUUAAUCAUUGUACUCUGCAUAGAUAUGUUGCAGUUGAUUUUUUUGUUAAUUUACUUCUUCCCCUUUCAUUGAAAUUCAUUAGCACACAUUAUCAUAUCCAAAAACAAAGGGAAAAAAUUGAAGGAAAUACUACCGAAAAUAUGAACUGCAACAGGUACAAUUAAAUAACUUAUGCUAAGUUUUUUUCCAUGAAUAUUUACCCUUUCAUUUGCAGAAAAAUGCGGUAAUUGUAGAAUCAGUACUGCUAAGAGCAAGUAUACCUUUGAUCCAUACAAGUGCAGUAGAUUUGCUAAGUAAUAUCAUAACAAGGUAUGUUAUAAUAUGUCAUUCCCUUGGUAGCAUUUUCACUGUCUCUUUGCCUAUAAGAUGAAAAAGAAGAUAACAAAGUUGGCUCCCAGUUUAGUGCAGCUGCCUAAAUGUGCUCUCAUUAUUUCUCUAUUUUUAUUAUAUGGCUACAAUAGUACACAUGCUCUGAUUGGCUGCUAAGCGGGCAUUAUUUUCUUGUAAUGAAAGGGCAUUACUAGCUAGGUGUCCAAGGCAUAUAAAUCUGUGUUUAACUUGAAAGUGGACAUCCUUAUGGUAUCUACUGACACAUGUCACAUGACUAUAUUGCAGGCUUAAGUGUACAACUCAUUGAGGUGACAUGUUUUUUAAAAGUUAUCCGCUAACCAGUUAAUGGUUUUGAUUGAUCGCAGGCCCAGGUCAUCCAUAAUAAAAAUGCCAUAUAAUAAAUUACUUCUUAACCUCAUCCGUUGAGUCAUUAGAGGGAAAUCUCCGACCUCGGCUUUGAUGUAUUGACCUUGCUUUUGCUUGGUCAGUACACCAGGGCCUUGGUCUGAGAUUUCCCUCUAAUGACCUCACUCUCAGUUAAUAAGUGGUAUAUAAUGUUUAAGUCAAGUUUAAGCAAUUUGUAGAGUUCAUUUUUGAGAAUAUUUCUCUAGGUACUCCAUUUUCCUGUCUCUUUCAAAUUCCAGUUCAGUAUGGAAUACAUGGACACUUGCAAACAAAUUCUUGUUUUAAGGGUGAACAAAUUGCAUGUACAAAAUGACAUAUUUUAGUUUUUUUUGCCAUUAAAGUUUGUUCCCAUUACUGUCUCCUAUAGGUGUAGAGGACUAAUUCUGCCUCACUGUGAUUCAGUAGUGAGAAUGCUGAUUCAAGAGCUCACUUGGACAAAGCAGCAAAAUCCCUCACAUGGUCAAGACAAAUCUUAUAGGUCAGGUGACACUUUAGUGGACAUAACAUAAUGUUUGUAGUGACUUAGAAGUGCAUAUGGAAUUGUUGGGCCCAGUUUCUCUGACAUUGGCUGUCUUUUUAUACCCUUGAUAGGAAACUAAGGUGUAGUGUGUAUCUGUGCAUUGAACGCUUGGUUCAACUGACAAGGGGCCUACCUGAGGGGGGUGGUGUGGUGGCUAAACUGGUACAGCAGAUGUUGGAUGACAUAAAACCUAUGGCUUCUCAAACUAAGGUAAUGAUAUGGAAGGUGUUAAAGGGUCUGUGAAUCUUUCAAAUGUUGUGAUGUUCCAACUACUAAUGUCAGAAACAUGGUUAGGAACUGUGGAUUUUCAAACAUUUUAGCGCUAACAACACAAGUCACAUUUUGUUUGAGCUUGUUCCACGGUAAGAUUAUGUAACAUAAAAGUUUAUUUUUACAAUUGUCUGUACAUGUCUAGGUAGCAUUAAAAAAAGUAAUUUAUUUUGCUCUGCUUUAUUUAGUUAUUGCCGACUACAAGCACUGGACAUCAACAGAUGUCAAAAAAGGUACCUAUUUUCAACUGAAACCCUUUCAUGGCCAAACUUAAUAGGCCAUUUUCACAAUGACCUUAUCUUACUACAGCCACCAACCUGUUUUCGUUCUUCUAAUGAUACUUGUAGUAAUCUCCAUGAGGUUUCAAUAACAAAAUCAGUGUUUUGAACAACAGAGUAACAGCCUGUUCAAAGGAGUCUGAUAGUUGCAGAGACAUGUUGCCAUUAUUGUGCAAAUGACCUCUUAUGGGGGACAAAAUACUACAGUGAACACUCAAAUGAUAAAAAACACCCAAAAUUAAUCAUCCAUUGUACACUUUUCUUUCUCUGCAGGCAAAGAAAAGAAAACUGCAAGAUGAUGUUGAUCAGCUACUAACAGGUACUUAUGUCUGUUGAUUUCUUAAGACAUUGUUGCUUUUGCCCCUGUUGUUUUCUGUGAUUUUAUUAUUAGGACUGCUUUAUAUCAUUAGUAUCUACAAACAUACAUACCUUAUUUGAAUAGUUAGUUCUAUCUCUCUUUUUUGCACAGGUCAACAGAAAUUUGAUACAAAGGCAAAUGAGAUGGUCACUUACAGAGCUCUUAGAGGUAAAGUUAAUCACAAUCAUGCUUCAGCUUCUAGUUAAAAUAUAUUUGUUUUCCAUUUUGCCCCAUAUGCUAUAAGGGAAUCUAAGACAGUCUAAGCUGUGGAUCCAGAUUCCAGAUACUGGAUUCGGAAUUCUUUGUCAGUGGAGCUUGGAUACCAGAUUCCAACCAUCAGUGUGUGUUUCCAAAUUCCUUGAGCUGUAUCCCGGAUUCCUUUGCAUGGGGCGAUUCCACUGCAUCAAUAGACUUUGUCCUUCCAAAGUGUAGGAGGGAUGUAAUGAGCGCACUAUUUCAAGAUCAGUCUCUGCCUGCAUGUAUUUGAUGAUUUAUUGUAAUCACUGCAAACUAUGUUCAUAUGUUCCAUUAACUAUUGUUAUCUUUUUAACAGCUUUAUCUGCAGUUCUUAUUGCUUCUGGAAAUGAUAUUCCCCAAGGUACAUUUAGGGUACGUUUUGAGAGAAGAAUACCUCACUUGUGCUUGAACUGUCGCAUACUCUUUCUAUCUUCUAUGCAUUCUCAUGGGGCUUAUUAUUAUUUGUUUUUAGGAAAUUCAAGUAUACAUAAUAAGGCUCAUUAUUCAGUGUCAGCAGUCGCCAUAUGACUCCUUCCCAAUACCAUUCAGCAGUCCUGACUGUCGGCAGGCUUUGUACCACAUUCUUCAGUGUUGCCUUCUUGUAAACUCACCUAACGUUCCGUCACCUGUCAAUCAUGCUGUUAGAUUGUUUAGUGAGGGACUUCAAGAUGCUGAUCUCAAGGUACUUUGCUAUGUUUUAACCCCUUAGCUAACAGAUGAUAGCAUGAUAUCCAAAGUGGGAAAAGCGUAAUUGCUUUUCAACUGCAGGGCUGUCACUAAGAUUGCAAGUUGUGGAGUAUAUGAAAUUUAUAGGCUGGGAUUGAACGCCUAGGAAUUUCUUUUGGUUCUAUUUUCUACUUGUUUCUUAUGAAAGUAGCCGGUGAUCAAGCUUAACCCUUUAUGAAGCCCUAUAUCCAAAUACAAACUCUCCAGACUGAUCUACAUGCAUUUCCUUGAAGAACUGGUCAAGAGAAUUUGUUUGUAUAUCAAAGCUUUUCUUAUCAAGUGAUUAUCUUAUUAAUUCUCACAACAUUUUCCCUUGAUUAUGUACUGAUUUUGUGUGGAGAAAAUUGACUUUGGUCAGUGACUCUUGUGUCUGAAAGGGUUAAAGUAGCGGGGGGAAGCCCCAACCCCCAGCUCUUAAUUGACAGCUCUGAAAGUGCCCAACAUAAACUACAAAGAAGGUGCUAUCAAAAUGCUACUUUUCACUGGGGGGAUCAGGCAAUUAAACUAAACAAAGCCACAAAAGAUCCUUCAUAAAAGAAUACAUUAAUGAAAAUGCUUCUUGGCUAAUAAGCACCUACAGGCCUGGGAAUUCUCGGGUAAAUAGAUGAGUUGUUUUUAUCAAACUAAAUUGCAGAUCUCUGUGGAUAAAAAAAGGUACAUCUGCCUCUUUCCAGCUGGCUGAGCAAUAUUAUUUCAGUUCUUUUUGUUUUCAGGUAUCAAGUUUUUGUCAGGAGGCCUUAGCUGUAGCUAACUCCAUCAUCCAUCCAAGGUCCUUUCCACAAGUGUGCUCUGCUGCUGGGCCACUGUCACUAAGUACCUCUGAACACCAUCCCAGUAAUGGCCCCUUGUCCACUGACUUUGAUCAAAGUUCAUCCGUGUCAGUUACGUCAAGAUCACUUGUUCAAACAGGAAGUGGAAAUUCUUUACCUCAGCAAAGCAUUUUGAGCAGAGGAUCAUUUGAAAACAGCAAUGGUGUUGGAUAUUCAGAAAUAGGACAAAACUCCUUGAGAUACACAGAAAAGGGUCAGGCUACAGAAAGCAGUGAUGUCAAUUCAUCUUUAACUAGUGUCAGGAAUAUAUCUGAGGAAUAUGAACAUCAUACAUUUCAAAAAAGUUCUGUUAACCAAAAUGAAACAUCAAACAGCCAGGUUGACCACUGCAUACUAACGGACAAUGCUAGCCAAUUAGCAAGAAUACAGGCUUCCACAUCAAGUUCUGACAGCUCAAUGCCACAAUUGCUUAACCAGGAAGGAUUCAUUGAUGCAAAUAAGAGUAAAACAGUGUCGGAAAAUACUGCCCAUGAAAGAGAACAAAGAGAUGUUACUACAUCUUUCUUUCAGUCAGCAGUAUUGCAUGAUACACAUAACACUUUUGGAUCAUCUGAACCAAAGAGAAGAAGAGCUGAUGACAGUUGUAUUGGUUCUGAUCAGAUGUUGAAUGACAAACAGCGUGAAGGUACAACAACAAGCGAAGAACAAUGGAUUGGCCACACUAGAGACAAAGAACGCGAAGAGAGAGAAGCAGCAGCGACAAAUGAAGUAAGUAAAAUUUUUUGUAUUUUUUUUAAUGUUUCUUAUCAUUAACUGUAAAGUGAAAGGAGUUUGUUGGUGUGACAAUGAACCACAUCUGAACCACAAAACAAUAGCUCAUCAACAAUUUCUUCCAGUCAUCUACAGUUUGGUAAAAGUUAGAAAUUCCUAGGUACAGCCAACUCUCUCUUAACGGACACCUCACUAUAAAACAGACACCUAGAGUUGGUCCCUGCCUUUUCUAACACUGUUUAGUUUCCUCUCUAAAAGAUGGACACCUGUCUAAGAUGGACACAUAGUGCUGACCCCCGCCAGGUGUCUGUCUUAGAAAGAGUUGACUGUAUUUGAUAUGUUGUUUUACUUUAUCUGACCAGGGGUUUCAUUUCAGGCCAGACGCCGGAUGCAACGUCCAGUAGUUUGACAUGUAACGUCUGGUAGUUCACACACAAAAUAAUAAUUAUUUUUUUAGGUGUGAAAAUCGUUUUUAACUCGUGGGGAUUGCAGGGACUAGGAUAUGCAAAUUAGUCACUCGCUCAGGCAUGCCCCCGCACCCCCCUAGGAGUUCGGCACUCAAUGUUCACACCAGCGGCACGAAUGGUGCAUGUCUGCCAGCUGAACCACUGUAUCUGGUACUUCCAAAUGCUACCAAAAACCCUGUCUGACCCUAAUUUUUUGGCUUUUCCAGGAUAAUGCUGAGACUUUUGAGAUGUUAGCGUCGUUUGUUGACUCCUAUCCAGACUCGGAUUAG